AUGCAGAUAUUCAUAAGCGAGAAUAUAGCGCAUAUAUGGCUAAAAUGUUUGCAGAGGUCUGAACGCAAAGCCUAUGCGCGCAACCCUUCGCUCCGCGUAGCUGACAUCUUGAAGUCUGUUUUUUGUUCAGCUUUGGUCAGCCACCAAGAUGCCUGCCACUCAAAAAUUGACAACUUUCUUCAAGGAGAAGCUCAACCUCUUCCGCCGGCCUCCCCAGCUGUGUUGAUGGAGGUCAAUAGCAAGGUCGCUUCCCCUCGCUUCCUCAACACUCUUUUGGGCAAAUUUCGGACCUUGACAUAAACCUCACCCCGUUGCCGGAGAUGGGACAAACGCCCAUGAGGUCCGUACGGGCAGCACUCACCGUCACCUCAUCGUCAGCGUGUCAGCUCCGACGCUGUAGCGCGUGAUAAAACUGAUAUCAAUCAACUUCUUGCCGUCGUAUCCAAGCCACUGAAGUGUGAACGGCGGGCUGCAGA